AUGCCAAGCUCAUGCCAGGAGCUGAGUAACCAUCUGUUGAUUGAUUUCUACGGUGACAAGAGCCCCUGGAAGAGCAUGAACAAACAGGUCAGCUCAGCUGAAGGGGCAUCGAAAGAGGAGCCCAAGAGGAGAUGGGUGAGGUUGUCAGCUAAACCUGCUCCUGCAAAAGUGGAAAUGAAGCCAGAAAAGGCAGCAGCCCAGGGUAAAUCUUCAGACAAAAAAGUACAAGCAAAAGGGAAAAGGGGGGCAAAGGGAAAACAGGCCGAAGUGAUUAAUCAAGAAACUAAAGAAAAUUUACCUGCAGAAAAUGGAGAAACUAAAAACGAGGAGAGUCCAGGUUCUGAUGAAGCAGGAGAGAAAGAAGCCAAGUCUAAUUAA